AUGCAGGCCUCCCUCCUGAGAAGAAUGACUAUCAAGAAUUCCUCUGUGACUGAGUUCAUCCUUGCAGGCCUGACAGACCAGCCAGGACUCCGCAUGCCCCUCUUCUUCCUGUUCCUAGGUUUCUACAUGGUCACUGUGGUGGGGAACCUGGGUUUGAUCUCCCUGAUAGGGCUGAACCCUCACUUGCACACCCCCAUGUACUUCUUUCUCUUCAAUCUCUCCUUAAUAGAUUCCUGUUACUCUUCUACCAUCUCCCCCAAAAUGCUGAUGAGUUUUGUUUCAAAGAAGAACAUCAUCUCCCACUCCGGUUGUAUGACCCAGCUUUUUUUCUUCUGUUUCUUUGUAAUCUCUGAGUCCUUCAUUCUGUCAGCCAUGGCAUAUGACCGGUAUGUUGCCAUCUGUAACCCUCUGAUGUAUAUGAUCACCAUGUCUCCCCAGGUGUGUUUACUCCUUUUGCUUGGUGUGUAUGUGAUGGGCUUUGUUGGAGCCAUGGCCCACACAAUAUCCAUGGUGAGACUGAGCUUUUGUGCUGACAACCUUGUCAACCACUACAUGUGUGACAUCCUUCCUCUUCUGGAACACUCUUGCACUAGUACCUAUGUGAAUGAGUUGGUAGUCCUUAUUUUUGUGAGUUUUGAUAUCGGUGUGCCCAUUGUUACCAUCUUCAUUUCUUAUGCCCUCAUCCUCUCCAGCAUUCUUCGCAUGCAUUCCACAGAGGGCAGGUCCAAGGCCUUCAGCACCUGCAGCUCCCACAUGAUUGUGGUUUGUCUUUUCUUUGGUUCUGGGGCUUUCAUGUACCUUCAGCCACCUUCUGUUUUGUCCCUUGACCAAGGAAAAGUGUCUUCCCUGUUCUAUACCAUUGUGGUGCCCAUGUUGAACCCUCUGAUCUAUAGCUUGAGAAAUAAGGAUGUCAAAGUUGCUUUGAGGAAAACCUUGGGCAAGAGAAUAUUUUCUUGAGGAGUAGUGUAAUGAGCUUCAGUGGUAUGACUGGUCAAUGAGCAGUAUUCCUGUGGAAAGAAGGUGCUUAGAUAAGAAGAUUCAAUGUUACCAUGAGGGGUUCAAGGU